CCCUGCGUUCACCAAAAGAUAAAAUGGCAUCCGAUGUUUCUGUUUACAAGCUGAGAUGAGAUGAAAGGCUAUUCAAUACGGUGUGGGAACAGGUACGAACAUGCCGAGCCCCCGUCACAACAGAUCUAUGGACUUUUAAUUAUUGUCUGUUUGACAGCUAGAAAGAGUAUAUAAACCCUUUGGCUUGGUCUCAACAUUCAGUUGACUGCAAAGGGUUGCUGGCAAAAGUCAUGGCAAGGUUACUGCACUGCACUUUACUCGUCAUAUUAAGCUACUUCACAGCAGUUGUUGCUAGCAAAGAUGCCAAACACGUCAAGGUCCUGAUCGUAGGAGCAGGUGCUUCAGGUAUAAAGGCUGCCGAAACAAUCCACAAAAAUGGCAUAAAUGAUUUUCUUAUUCUCGAGGGUAAGGAUUACAUUGGAGGAAGGAUCCACCAUGUCCCUUUUGAAGGAAACAUGGUCCCUCUUGGCGCAGGCUGGAUACACGAGAUUGGACCCAAUAACCCAAUAUGGACACUGUCACAGAAGUUAAAGAUGGACGUCCAUCAUGAUAACUACUCAAAAUUCAUUGUCAGGGACGGUCAUUCUGGAGAAGAGCUAACUGGAGCAAAUAGCAUUUACAAAGAGCUGAAGAUGAAGGUAGAGCAAGCUGAUCUGAAAAUGAAAAAGCGAAGAAAAUCCGGUUUAUCUAGCAUUCCAAUAAGAUCCGCACUUGGAAUGGUUGGAUGGAAUCCUUUUUCCUAUGUCAUGGAAACAUUGGAAUACUAUCAUUUCGAUUUCCAAAAUGGUGUGUCGCCGAAAUCUCUUAACUCAGAAGUAUUCUCAGUGACUGGUGAAGGAAAAGACGUUGUGGUAACAGACAAACGAGGCUAUGCGCAUGUGCUCGAACAUUUGGCAAAACCAUUUAAAAACAAAAUACGUUUCAAUACAGUGGUCUCCGAGAUAAAGCACACAGAUUCAUUUGUCAAAGUGACGACAACAAAGGGAGAUGUAUACAAGGCAGAACAAAUCCUUCUUACCGUCAGCAGUGGGGUUCUCAUUAACAACCUUAUCGAAUUUUCUCCUCCUCUGCCAAGUUGGAAAACGGACGUCAUCCACCUUGUUCCAAUGUGUUACUACUGUAAGGUGUUCAUGAAGUUCCCAAGACGCUUUUGGGAUGACUCCAAUUACAUCUUACUGUCCCAAAGGUUUCGUGGAGACCACGUUCAUUGGCAAAACUUUGACCAUCCGACACUUUUUCAUGGAGAUCAUAUACUGAUGCUGACACUCACCGAGGAUAUGUGCUUGAAUUCUGAACAGAUGACCGAUGAAGCAGUGAAAGAGAAAGCCAUGCGAUCCUUGCAGAGGGUCUAUGGUCGCAACAUACCUUGGCCCACUGCCAUGCUACGAAAUAAAUGGAGCAGAGAUCCAAUGACGAUGGGGGCAUACUCCAACCCUGUUGUUGGGUUUGCUGAAAAGGACUACAAACGUUUGCAAGAACCUGUUGGUCGUAUCUGGUUUGCUGGUGAAUAUACAACAAAGGACUAUGGGUAUGUCCAUGGAGCUCUUGCCACCGGAGAGAGAAGCGGGAAAGACAUUUUAGCGUGCAUGAAAAACAAGAAAAAGUGCAGCAAUAGAUCUAAUAACAAAACCCCAUAUAUAAUCCAACGAACAGAUGAUAUGGCCGAGUGUGCGGAGGAACAAAAGUCUGGUAGAAAAGAAAAUUACGGCUAUAAGUAUUGGCGAGAUGAAUUUCGGUAGCAGCGACAAAGUAGAAGGAUGUUUGAUCAUUUGAUGGGAAUAACGCGAAAGCUCGUCUUAGUUGCACGGACAAGGAAAAUACAAAGAUGGAAGCAGUUGAUCCAUACUUGUCUUCUGAAUCAAGUUGAAAAGCGUGAAUCAGAAGAUAAUUAGCCAAGAUUCGUAGUAUUUAUAUUUGAUGUGAAUAAUGUGAAUAGAAUUUAGAUUUUUGUUUAUCGUUAAAAAGCGUAGCUAGUAUACUAAAAUAAACAUUUAGAAAAAGAAUCAAAGCUAAGCUUUGUGAUAUUGUCACAUUAUCAAGUUUUGCAAUUUUUAAACUAUACACCAGGUUCGUUUAGAAAAGAUCACUGGCUUUUAUCUCACCCAUUAGCUUUGAGAAAAAUUGUUGCAAAAAUAAUCACCUAGUUCAUUAGAAUUUUGCUGGCUUGUUCUAUUCUCUGUAAGACGGACGAAUGUAAAAUCAGAUAUGAAGUGUGAAUCGUUGCUUUGAACUAUAUUAGUCUAACAGAACACCACUUAUAGCAAAAUCCCAUAAUCACCCCCUUAUUUCAGACAUUCAACCUUGUUUCUUUAACCUUUUUGCUUUAAGGUUAAGAGGAGAUGCUAUUUCCUCGUUGGGGAGCAUCUUUUAAGUUUCGAACCAUAUCAAAUCACAACAUUUGUUUAUCAAAAUCAUAUUUGAUCUAAUGGAUUAGUCAAGUUCCUCUCUCCCGUCAUUUAAAGUGAGAGGCUAUUGUUUAUCGGUUAGUAAGGUCGCAAAAGCAGCGAAGUCUUUGCAUACAGUAAAUGUUACAUACAGUAAGAUCAAAUUUGUUAGCCUUAUGUUGUUUGUUGCUAGAAAGAAAAGUGACCUCAGGAAGGAAGCUUGUGGGAUUUCAGCUCAAAUAUGCCAUAAUAUUUAAAUACUCAACAAUUCAGAACAGUGCCAUAGAAUUAAGCCCGGAAUAAGUGGCACUACUUUCCCCGAAGUAAUACAUUUUAACAAGUGUUUGAACAAAUGACUGUGUUUGAAAACAUCUAAAAUAGUUGCUGAAACUAAAGACCUAUACAUAUUGAAUCAAAAACUGUAAAAAACCCAUGUACCGUCUCUUUACUUGAAAGUUACUGUUAAUGUUCGUAUAAACUUUUUCUACUUUAAUAAUUCAAAAUUUGUUCUAUUAAGAGGCGUUCAAAAUUUUUUUUAAGUAUUAAUUUGGUGUUUUCUGUAACCCCCAUAUCCCGGUGUCUAACAAAAGUUGUCAACAUGGACAAAAUUCAAAGUAAUACCUUUUGGUUAUUCUAUAUACUUGUAACCUUGUAUAUAUUCAUUAUUUGUAAAAUCUUGAGGAAUUUUUAUAGUAAUUGGGGACCACAUAAAUAUUUUGGAGCUAA